UUAGGUCUUAUCGCGUCGUGAGUUAGCAAAAUUUAUGCUAUUGUCGCUAUGAUAGAUAAAGAGUGUUGAACAGUUAUAACUCGACGUCGUUAUUGCUACUUCGAUUAGUUGAAGUUUGUUUGGUAGAUAUUUUCGUAAUCAACUGAGCACUUCGUACGAGAAUCUCUACGGUGCACAUGUAACCAAAUUUCAGUCUUGUCGAUAAACGAGCCUAUUUAUUCAUCAGCUGAAUCAUAUUUCCUGAUUCUCCGGAGUUCCUUGUGACAGUAACACAUAAAUUGUAAAUAUUAAUCCAGAAAUUAACAUGGAGGUGAGGCGAAGAAAGUUGGAAGCAAAUAAUGAAGUUUCAAAUAACCACUACAUGGCAUCGCGCUCGAAGAAAAUUCCUGGAAAAUCAAAUAGGGUCUACAUCGUGCUGGUGCUACUGAUUGGGAUAUUUCUUCUUGGCUAUAUGGCAAUAGGAAAUGGUUUGCGACCAAUUAAGUUUGGCACUAAAGCCAUUGAUAGUUUAGCAUUUUCUUUCAACUUCCAAAGACCGUUUUAUGCUGUAAUUAUUGACGCUGGAUCGACCGGCAGUCGAGUCCUAGCCUUCAGUUUCCAUGAAUCGAUACUCAAUGCAAAUCUGAUUCUGGAUGGAGAAUUGUUUGAACAAAUAAAACCUGGACUAAGUUCCUUUGCCGACGAUCCUAAGGGAGGUGCGAAAUCUCUAGAAGUCUUGUUAAACAAGGCCAAGGCUGUUAUUCCAGAAUCCGAAUGGCAACAUACACCAUUGAGUAUGAAAGCAACGGCCGGUCUAAGAUUAUUGCCAGCAGAGAAAGCUGAUAGGCUGCUUGAAGAAUGUAGAAAGUUAUUUGAAAAUUCAGGAUUUUUAACAUCAAAGGAUUCUGUCUCUAUAAUGGAUGGUACAGAUGAAGGAAUAUUCUCCUGGUUUACAGUCAACUUUUUACUUGAUCGUUUGACUACGCAAAAUCAUGCAAAUACAGUGGCUGCAUUAGAUUUAGGUGGUGGCUCUACACAAGUAACGUUUGCACCAGAUAGCCACCAUAUUAAGGAUCAAGAAAAGCACAUCUUCACUAUCAAUGCCUUCAAUAAUAACAUCAGUAUUUACACUCAUAGUUAUUUAGGCAUGGGUUUGAUGGCAGCUCGGAAAGAAAUUUUAACUUACGGCCAGAGCAAAGAUGCUAAGGCCAACAACGGAUCCUCUGGAUCUAAGAUCACGUUGCAUUCAGAAUGUAUUAAUCCAAUAAUAUCAACCGAAUGGAGUUACGGUGGGAUCAAAUACAUAGUCAAAGGCCCACAAAAUGAGACGCACAAGGUAGUGAAGACACAGAAUUUUGCCGGGGUUGAAGAGGACAGACCGGUCGUUAAAUUCUCAGCAUGUUUAGAAAUUAUCAAGAACUAUGUCGGCACAAUAGUAAACAAGCCUCAAGGAUUAGAAAACCGUGAUAUCAUGGCAUUCUCAUACUAUUUCGAUAGGGCCACAGAAGUCGGGCUCAUAGAUCCAUUCUCUGGUGGGAUUAUCACAGUCGAUGCUUUCUUGAAGCAAGCCAUGGAAAGCUGUGACUAUCCCAACACUGAUCAACCUUUCAUGUGCUUGGAUUUAACGUUUAUCUAUGUUCUGCUCCGAGAUGGUUUCAACCUACAACCAACAACUAAGCUACAAUUGUAUAAGAAGAUCAGUGGUCAUGAAUUAAGUUGGGCUCUUGGAGCAGCAUUCAACAUAUUGCAGAAUGGGCUCUGACGCAACUGGACUUUAGGUUCAAAUUUCAAAUCACAAAUUCCCAGAUCAAGUAAAGAUCAACAAAUACGUUUUCACCGGUAGAAAAAACUAUUAAACUAGGUUCUAAGUAUGAUUUUUCAUCGUGCUACAAUAAUCUGUGUUGGACCAGAGAAAAGGCGUGACUAAAAUAUAUUAAGUAGUUGAAAUAUAACUUGGGUAUAGUCAUACUGUUUGUAAUCAUGGUUUACAAGGUUCAAAGCACACAUUCAAAUAUUGAAAGAAUAUGAAUCACACAAACAAUACGCACAAUUAAUAAUUCUUAUUACACUACGAGCCUAUCCAGGUGAUGGGAGAAUCACAAUUUUGUAAAUAAUGAGGUGCUAAUGUACCACGAUAUAUUGUCAACAAAUAUAGGUAUAUCUAUCUAUACUACGACACAUAUGGAUGACCAUCUAGAAUGAAAUGCAUCGAUUUCUAGUGCCUUGAUAAAUAUUACUAUAAUUACGACACAUUCCAUGUAGGCAUGGAACUUUUAUCCCUGUUGCAAAAUGUAUAACAUGUGUUUCCGAUUAUAUUUUACGAUUUUUAAAUAGUUAAGUUGUUUUGGUCAUUUGUUAUAAGCCAAUUAAUAAUAUUGGCCAGCUGUGAAAGACGACGUUGAAGUGAAAUUAUAUUAUUAUCUAUUGUUGAAUUAGGUUUUCGUUACAUAUUUGAAUUAUUUUGACUAAAUAAUGCAAAUCUAUUUCUAUAAAGGCAACCAACAAAAAUUUGUACAGCUUAAUAAAGUCAGUUUCUUCACA